AUAAUCGAACUAAAUCUAAAUUAAUGUAAGUUCCAGUUCGUUCUUUAAUUGAACGUUUGUUAAAUUAUUUGUAUUGGACUAAGCAAAACAAAAUGCCUCCAAAUGGCCAUAAAUACAGCAUUUUGUUGCCCACAUAUAACGAAAAAGACAAUUUACCAAUUAUCAUAUGGUUAAUUGUAAAAUAUAUGAAAGCUAGCGGCUACGACUAUGAGGUAAUUGUGAUCGACGAUGGCAGUCCGGAUGGCACAUUGGAUGUGGCCAAGGAUCUGCAGAAGAUUUAUGGCGAAGAUACAAUUGUGUUACGGCCACGCGCUGGCAAGCUGGGCCUAGGCACCGCCUACAUUCACGGAAUAAAGCAUGCAACCGGCGACUUUAUUAUUAUAUUGGAUGCCGAUUUGAGUCAUCAUCCCAAGUUUAUACCCGAGUUCAUAAAGUUACAGGAAUCGGGUGACUACGACAUUGUCUCCGGCACUCGUUAUGCUGGCAAUGGCGGCGUUUACGGCUGGGACUUCAAGCGCAAGCUCAUCUCGCGUGGUGCCAACUAUCUGUCUCAGGUGCUGCUCCGACCCAAUGCCAGCGAUUUGACGGGCUCAUUUAGGCUGUACAAGAAGCCGGUGCUCGAAAAGUGCAUUUCCAGCUGCGUCUCUAAGGGCUACGUCUUCCAAAUGGAAAUGUUGGUGCGUGCUCGUCAGCAUAAUUUCACCAUAGCCGAGGUGCCCAUCACUUUUGUGGAUCGCAUCUAUGGCACCUCCAAGCUGGGCGGCACUGAGAUCAUUCAAUUCGCUAAGAAUUUGCUCUAUCUUUUUGCCACCACCUAAGACAGAGAGAGAGAGAGAGAGAGACGACAGAAUUGAUCGGAGAACCAUAAGAAUUAACAACAAUAAAGCUAGAUGACUUAAUGAAUCUUUAA